CGACACUAGUCCGACCAAGGGUGCGAGAGAGGCCUCACAUCCUUCCGAGGAUCAUCAAUAAAUUGUUUUUUUUUUUUGCCCUUGUUUCACUUUACUCCGACAGUGUUGUGUACAUACAAUACACUAUCACCGUAAGUUAGUAGGGAACAGAGUACUUGGGCGCCGCCCUCAUCGCCAAUUGUCCACGCAUCCGUGACACGCGUUUCUCGUCUCGCCCAGCUCGAGUCGCCAUGGCUUCCCAUCAUCCCGCGCCCGCCGGCAACGACGACGAUGGGCUCAGCAGUUCCAACCCCAAUGCUAACCCUCAUGCCUCGGCGAACCGGUGGCGCCAUGUUGAAUCCAAAGCCUACGCCAAGUAUGAAAAGCAGCAGCAGCAGGGCCCCGUUGCCCGCGAAGCCGACUCGCGCCACGGCGUAAGCGACCUUGCCAACUUCCUCAACAAGUCGCGCAUUGAACCCGCUGAAGGCGCCAGUACUGCCAAUGCCUCGGCGCCGAGGUUCAAGCCCGUCGUCGCGGGCGCAUCCGAAGCGAGGGCUGUCACUCGGGACGGCCAGGGCAGCGCGCCAUCCGGCCCUCCGCCCGACGGUAAGGAAAUUGCCUGCGGGCCGUUGCUCAACUAUCGCCGCACCGAGGGCCAGACUUGGAUAGGGAGCGUUCUAGUUGUCACAGUGGGCGGCGGCAGGACACAGCCGUUCGUGCCAACGCUGAGCCUUCGCAAGGCCGGCAGCGCAAGCCGGAACACCGAUAUCGAAGGCAUUUGCCUCUACUCGGACGCGCGCAACACUUUCUGGAGGUUCAAUCUGCAAGUCACCAUGGAGGCCGCCGAGACUAGGUGGGAAUACGAGCUGCCGGGUAUGCGCUUCGUCAGCAAGACGAAGCCGCGCGUGAACAGCUUCUAUGUGCCUGCCAUCACCGAGUCCAUGAGGAUCAUGUUCCACUCGUGCAACGGCUUCAGCGUCGGCACGGACGAGGCGGCAUGGAGCGGCCCGGCGCUGUGGAACGAUGUGGCCCGUCGCCAUCAAGAGACACCGUUCCACGUCAUGAUUGGCGGUGGUGACCAGAUAUACAACGAUGGCAUCCGAGUUUCGGGCCCGCUCCGCCAAUGGACCGACAUCCACAAUCCCAAGAAGCGCAGGGAGUAUCCGUUCCCUGAAAGUCUCCGCCAGGAGUGCGACAACUUCUACCUGCACAAUUAUAUUCGCUGGUACGGAACGGAGCCGUUUGCGGCCAUGAACGGCCAGAUUCCACAGCUAAAUAUCUGGGACGACCAUGAUAUCAUUGACGGAUUCGGCUCAUAUGUGAAUGAGUUCAUGAAGUGCGAUGUUUUCAGGGGUAUCGGCGGCACCGCUCAUAAGUACUACAUGCUCUUCCAGCAUCAUCUCCCGCCGCCUCCAUCCACAUAUACCUCAGGUAAGCGCCCCAGAUUCGGCAGAGGUGGUCACUGUAUUGAUGAACCAGAUUCCGUCCCGCCUGCCUCGGUCGAGGAGGGUCAGGGGAUCGAUCCCAACCAGAACAUGAACGUUUAUGUGCACCCCAACAUGUCGGAGCCAAACUAUAUUCAUGGCCCCAAGGCAGGACCCUAUGUUUCUGAGCAUUCGCAUAACAUCUUCGCCCGGCUCGGCGCCAGGAUCGCCUUCCUGGGCAUCGACGCGCGCACCGAGCGAACGAGACAUCAGGUCAACUACCCGGAGACGUACGAUGCGAUUUUUGGCCGUUUAAGGCAGGAGCUAGCCGACGCUGCGAGCUCCGGGCAGCCAUUCAAGCAUCUAAUCCUCCUGUUGGGCAUUCCCAUAGCAUAUCCACGUCUGACAUGGCUCGAAAACAUCUUCUCGAGCCCAGUAAUGGGGCCCAUCAAGAUGUUGAAUCGCCGCAUGGGCUUCGGAGGGACCUUCUUCAACUCGUUUGACGGGAGCGUCGACCUGCUAGACGAUCUCGACGAUCACUAUACGGCAAGGACUCAUAAAAAGGAGAGGAACUGGCUCGUCGAGAGAUUGCAGACCAUCUGCGCCGAGUUCUCGGUCCGCAUCACCAUCCUGAGCGGCGACGUCCAUCUAGCUGCCCUGGGCCGCUUCUACUCGCAUCCGCGUCUCAACAUUCCCAUCGAGAACGACUUCCGCUAUAUCGCCAAUGUGGUGUCUUCGGCCAUCGUCAACAAGCCACCCCCGGCAGCCGUCGCCAAUCUCCUCUCGCGCCGCAACAAGAUUCACCAUCUUAACCACGAGACGUCGGAAACCCUCCUCAAGCUGUUUAACAAGGACCCCGGCGACAGCACCAAGACAGCUGGCCACAACAACGUCACCAUGCCCAGCCGCAACUUUGCCGUGAUCACUGAAAACUCGCCCAACAACGCCCCGAGCAAUGGUGCCGACGCGCUUUCGGAGCCACUGCCACCGUUGCCGAACGGCUUCUCGGCGCAGCACCUGAACGUCCCUCCGGGCUCUAGCGGAGGCCAGAGCCAGUACUCGCACGCCGCCACCUCCCACCCUGGCACGUCGUCGUCAUCGGCCUCAUCCGCAGCUGCUGGCGGCGGCGGCUCUCACUUCCACCGCAAAGACGGCCGCCUGCCGAUCCACCCAGGCGAGGUCAACUGCGGUACCAAGCACAAGGCCGCCAACCCGGCCGAGCACGGCAAGGGCCACGACGGCAGCCUGGACGUGUGCAUCUGUGUCGAAAUCGACCAGCACGACGCCGAGGGCAGGACCGAGGGCUACGGCCUGACCAUUCCCGCGCUUGAAUACAAGGGACCCAAGCCGCCCAGUGUGGCCGGUGCGUGGAGCAUAGCGUCUAAGGUUUCGAGGCCAUAGAUUUGUAGGUGUAAGGGUGCAGAAGGAGUUACGAUACUGCCGGUUUCGGGUAGGUGUGAUUGUAUUACGGGCUUCGGGGGAGGAUGUUGAUGAUAAUGAUGAUGUGUGCGAGGAAUGGCG